AUGAAUUAUCUAAUGGCUUUAACUAAACCUAAAUCGGAAAUGACGGCGGAAGAGCUCCAGGCGCGCGAAGAAGAAGAAUUCAACACCGGCCCUCUUUCAGUGUUAACAAUGUCUGUUCGUAACAACACUCAAGUGCUUAUUAAUUGCAGAAACAACAAAAAAUUGUUAGGAAGAGUUAAAGCUUUCGACAGACAUUGUAAUAUGGUACUGGAAAAUGUUAAAGAAAUGUGGACAGAACAGCCUCGACCUGGCAAAGGAAAGAAAAAGUCUAAACCAGUUAACAAAGAUCGUUUUAUAUCCAAGAUGUUCUUAAGGGGCGAUUCAGUUAUAUUAGUGGUUAGAAACCCACUUGCUGCGUCUAAUAAGUAAUUUUUGUAACUUUUUUCAUCUAUUCUCUUUAGAUAACAUUAUUAAUUUGGGUAAAAAUUAAUUAUUAA